AUGGAAGAGAACCAACGGUCUAAAGACCAACAACGAAUUAUCACAUUGCUAUUAAACGAACAAUUUGAGUUAAGGUCCAGCGUAAUAAAUUCAGAGAUACUUGAAGAGGAUGAUUUAAUUACUGACUCACUUACAAAAGGAGAACAAAUUGUCAGUCGGAUGGAUAAAACUAUUGGUUCAAUUGCUUCUUUAUUCAGUGGAGCACACACCACCAUAGAUGAGUUAAAUAAUAAAUUAGAAGAAGCAACUAACAAUAAAGUAGAUAACACUAUUGAUUCAUUAAAGAAAGAUAAAAUGUUAUUACAAAAUGCUAUUGACUCAAUCAACCAAGUUGGUGAUAUGUUAAAAUUGGAUAAUGGAAUACAAGAAAGAAUUGGUAAUGUAAGUACAUUUGAUGAAUGUGUUAAUUUACUUCAAGACUGUAUUAAAAUUUAUCAAUUUAUGAAUGAUAGAAAAGAGUAUCAAUUUUAUAGUACUCAUGAAACAGAUACAAAGAGUCAUUUACAAAUAGUUUAUGAUAAAACACUAGUAUUUUAUAAUGACUUAUUUGUUGAGAUUAGUAAACCAGAAAGUGUUUCACAAAUCUUAUCAAAAGAGUCAUACAUUGAAACAGAGUAUCUUCAAAUGUUAAAGAAAGCUAUGCCAAUAAUAUUUGAAGCUGGGACAUUGUUAAGAGCUAAUGCCCAUGAUGUUUUUGCUGUAAUAUUUGAAAAUAGAAAAGAAUAUUUGUUAGAAGUUAUUCAAAAGAUUACUUUACCAUUAUUAACUGAAAGUGAUGAAAUUGUAGAAUAUACAGUGGGAUAUACUAAUGGUAAAAAUGCAUUUAUUACUACAAUGAAGCAUGUUCUUUCUUUAUUUCAAAACGAACGUAUUUUUCAACAAGACAUUCUUCAAAAUGAUUUUGAUAAAUUCUUUGUUGGAACUACUGACGAACCAUUCACUGCUUUUAUUGAUUUAUACACAUCAUUUGCUUCAACAUUACAAACACUGGAUACUCCAUUUAUUGUUUUCCCAUUACUUGAUAUACUCGAAGUUUAUGAAAAUAUGAAAGCUGAUUUCACUAAUGCACUUAAAAUAAAUGAAGAUCCAAAGAAUAAAUCAAAAGGAUUUAUUGCAUUAGAAAAAGGAUUUAAUGUUCUAACGUCAUCAUUUACAUUUGGUAGUGAUAAAAAAGAAGAAGAAGAGGAAGACGAUUUAUAUGUUGAAGAUACAACAGGAGAUAAAAGAGACUCUCAGACUAAAAGAGUAGAUGCAUUAUUUGAUACAAUGUAUACAAAUGUUAAAACAUUAUUAAUUAAAUUUAGAGAUGAAGUACUUAUAGAUUCUACAUUAAAUAAAAUAUUCUCAUGGACAGAGAGUAGUAUUCCAGUAGAUGGAACUGUAUCUCAACUUGCAGCUGAUACAAUGCAUUACCUUUCUAAAUUAGAGAAAUAUCUUCCACAACUAUCUAGUUAUAUUAGUAGAAUGUAUAGAGAAGAAAAUAAACAAAAUAGUAAUGGAACAGAAGAUGAAGGAUAUGUGGGAAUGUUUGUUGAUGUAUGUAUUCAAAACUUGUGUCAAAUGAUAGAGGCAAGAGCAGCAAAAGAAAAGUCAAGAUUAGGAAAAAUAUUUAAAAUAAAUAAUUACGCAUUUAUUAUGAAUGUAUGUAUGUUAGAUGGAUUUGAAAAAUUAUUUGGAACAAGUCUACAAAAGAAAAUAGAAAGUGAUUUUUCAACAAAAAAAGAAAAUGCUAUUCAUGAUUAUAAAGACUCUCUUCAACCAAUUUAUGAAACUUUAAAUGCUAGACCUAGUAAAAGUGAACAAAUUAAAAAAGCUUUUACUUCAUUUAAUAAAGAUUUCCAAGCACUUCAUACAGUAUCUAGUGGAUAUUCAGUUUAUAAUGACCAAUUAAAAGAAGAGUUAAGAAGUGUAUUAAAAGAACAAAUAUCAGAACCAUACACUCUUUUCUAUAACAACUAUGAAAAAGUUAAAUUUACUCAAAAUCCUACUAAAUACUUCCUUUAUACUCCUCAAAUGGUUGAACAAUGUAUUCAAUUAAUGUUUGAAGCUAAAACGGAUGUUAAUGGUGAAUCAAAAGAACUUACUGAUUAUAUUCCUGAUUUCCUACAAAAUGUACCUCAUUUUGUUCCUAAAAUGUCUACUAUUACUUCUUUAGCUACUCCUUUACAAAAUCUUCCACAACAUUUAAAAAAUCUAUCUCAUAAACCUGUGGAUAUUGUUAAAGAAACUCCAAAAGUAAUUAAAAACCCACUUAAGAGUACUAAGAAGUUUAUUAAGAAUAUGAAUCCAUUCUAA